GGGAGCGCGGCCUCGGCGCGGAGCGGCCCCGGCCCCGGCGGCCCCGGCGCGGGAUGGAGCCGCCCCGAGAUUGAGGCCGAGGUGCUGAUCCGGGAGCGCUCCAGGAGCACGCGACCUCGGAUAUGGACGUCGUGCUGUCGGAUUUUGUUCGCUCAACGGGGGCAGAGCCGGGACUGGCCCGAGACCUGCUCGAAGGUAAAAACUGGGAUCUGAGCGCGGCCCUGAGCGACUUUGAACAGCUGAGGCAAGUGCACGCCGGGAACCUGCCGCACGCCUUCAACGAAGGACGCGGCUGCAAAGCCCCCGAGAAGGAGGCGGCGCGGCCCGCGCGGCCACCGCUCCAGCGGCAGGACGAUAUCGUGCAAGAGAAACGCCUGUCCCGAGGCAUUUCCCACGCCAGCUCUACCAUCGUGUCUCUGGCCCGUUCCCACGUCUCCAGCAAUGGCAGCAGCGAGCACCUGCUGGAGAUGCCCGUUUGCACUUUCCAGCUGCCCGACCUCACCGUGUACACCGAGGAGUUUCGCAGCUUCAUCGAGCGCGACCUCAUCGAGCAGUCGAUGCUGGUGGCCUUGGAGCAGGCUGGUCGCCUGAACUGGUGGGCUGCCGUGGACCCCAGCUGCCAGCGCCUGCUGCCCCUGGCCACCACGGGCGACGGCAACUGCCUGCUCCACGCCGCCUCCCUGGGUAUGUGGGGUUUUCACGACAGAGAUCUCAUGCUUCGCAAAUCCCUUUAUACCUUGAUGGAUAAAGGUGUGGAAAGGGAAGCCCUGAAGCGGAGGUGGCGCUGGCAGCAGACGCAGCAGAACAAGGAGUCUGGCCUUGUUUACACGGAAGAAGAGUGGCAGAAGGAGUGGAACGAGCUGAUCAAGCUGGCGUCCAGCGAGCCCCGCGUCCACUACGGCACGAACGGAGGCAGCUGCGGAGGAGUGGAAAGCUCCGAAGAGCCGGUGUACGAGAGCCUGGAGGAGUUUCACGUUUUUGUCCUUGCCCACGUGUUGAAGAGACCCGUAGUGGUGGUCGCGGACACUAUGCUGCGAGACUCGGGGGGAGAAGCCUUUGCACCUAUUCCCUUCGGAGGCAUCUAUCUUCCCCUCGAAGUCCCAGCCAACAAAUGCCAUCGUUCUCCGUUGGUUCUGGCGUACGACCAGGCCCAUUUCUCGGCUCUGGUGUCCAUGGAGCAGAAGGAACCCGCGAAAGAGCAAGCGGUGAUCCCCCUGACGGACUCCGAGCACAAGCUGCUGCCCGUGCACUUCGCCGUGGAUCCCGGGAAGGAGUGGCAGUGGGGAAAAGACGACAGCGACAACGUCAAACUGGCCAGCGUGACGCUGUCGCUGGAAGCAAAGUUGCACUUGCUGCACAGCUACAUGAAUGUUAAAUGGAUCACCCUGCCUUGCGACACGCAGGCGCCUUUGGCCCAGCCGGAAUCGCCUACAGCCUCCGCCGGAGACGACGCUCGUUCGGCCGCGGAGUCGGGCGAGUCCGACAAGGAGUCGGUCUGCAGCAGCUCAGCGAGCAACGGCGGCAGCAGGGCUUGCAAGGACAAAGAGAAACCAAAGAAGGACCGAGAGAAGGACAAGGAGAAAGACAAACGGCGGGCAGACUCGGUUGCUAAUAAGCUGGGCAGCUUCGGCAAGACUUUAGGGAGCAAACUAAAAAAGAACAUGGGUGGGUUGAUGCACAGCAAAACUAUCAAGGGAGGCGUGAGCAACGGGCAGGGAGACACCUUGGAGAAGAAGAAGAAAGGAUCCUUGAAGUCGAGGAAAGGCAGCAAAGAGGAGUCUUCCCAAGGAGAUUUGUCGGCUCCUGUGGAGAAAACCUGCCCAGGGAAAGCGGCCCCCGAGAAGCAGGCAGAUCCCUACAAAUACAGCAACGACGUCCGGCUGAGCCUGAGCAUCCUGCGGGCGGCCAUGCAGGGAGAGCGCAAGUUCAUCUUCGCCGGGCACCUCAAGACCAGCAGCCGGCACCAGUACCAGGAGGAGAUGAUCCAGAGGUACCUGUUGGAUGCCGAGGAGCGCUUCUUGGCUGAGCAGAAGCAGAAGGAGGCGGAGAAGAAGGCGCUGGGCAACGCCGCCAAGAAGCUGGAGCCGGAGGUGAACGCGCACAAGGGCGAGGAAGGGAUGCUGAACCCCGCUUACCCGCAGCCUCCCCCUUCUUACGCCAUCCAGAGCCCGGAUUUGGCGCUAGGAGCGAAAAUGGCAGCUUUUCCCUCCAGCUAUUCGGGCGUCUUCACCUUUCCCAGGCCCUCCGUGGUGAGCAGCGCGGAGGGCUCCCAGCCCGGCGGCUGCCAGGACGCGCGGCGGCAGGUAGCCGGGGGGGCCUGCAGCAGCCUUCCCCCCUACGCCACGCUGCCGCGGCACUGCCCCCAGGCGCGGCCGAGCCCCUACCAAACGGGCCCGGCGCCCGGGGCUCCCUUCUCGCCGCCGGACGCGGACGCGCAGCCCGGUUUCCCGGCGGAGCGCGACGGCCCGGCUUGCCUCGCCCCGCACAGCAACGGCUACCGGGACUACGCGGAGCAGGAGGGCUCGCAGAGGGGCGCGAGCGCGGACAGGAGCAGGGCGCGAGCGCUUUACGGCGUCCAGCAGACCAAGUGCAAGCAGCCCAACUGCGGUUUUUACGGGCAUCCGGAAACCGGGAAUUUCUGCUCCUGCUGCUACAGAGAGGAACUGAAGCGCAGAGAGCGGGAGCGGGAAGCGCUGGUGCACAGGUUCUGAGGCCGGCCGCCCCGCGGCGCUCCCCUCCGGACCCCUGAGACGUGGGGAAUGCAAUAAAAGAUUUUUUUUUUCCCCCUUUUUUCCCCCCUCCCCCCCACCUCCGCGUCCGCGGAAGGAGGGAGCGGGCGUUUGGCUGGACGGGGCCGACGGCCGCGACCGCCCUUCCCAGGACGGGCGGAGAGAGGAGGGAGCUUUCCCAGGGGCUUCUCCUCGCCCGGGGCGCCUGGGGUCAGCGGCCGCGGUAGGGGCGGGUGAAAACGGGGGGGAUCCCGGGAUCCAGACCAAAGCUUUCCGCUAAGGCGGACGCGGAGCGCCCUGCCAGCUCCGUUCAGCCGGAGCCCGGCGUAACCCAAUUUAACGCCGCUUUUCCAGACCGAGCUUGAAAAACCGCAGACCUUUUCAUUGAGAGAUUUUUAACACUCUUAGUAUAUAUACUAUUUUUUUUUCCCUUUUUUCUUUUUUUUUAUUUUGCUGGUACGGAGAGACGCAGAGUUGGAGUUGGACUUUGUUUUUCUUCCUUCCCCCCAGCCGAGGAGCUCGCCGGAGCCCUGACGCCGCUGCGCCCGGCUCUCCGCCGCAGGCUCAGGGCUCUGCCCUUCCCGGGGCUCCACUGUAUUUUAAAAUGUUUAUUUUUAAUUUUUUUUUUCCUUGUUUGGUUUGGGGGGAGGAAGGAGAAAGCCGCGGCGCCGAGCGGCUCUGAGCUUUCCAGCGGCCGUCUCCGCCCAGCAAUACCCGGAGGAGCGGAGAGGCCCGGGAGCGGCCGCCGGCUCGCGGACGGGACGGGACGGACGCGGAUGGACGGACGGACGGACACACGCUCGCGCGCGAUAACUUCCUACUUGAUCGAGCUACUUCCGUGCUACCUCUGUUCUGCCGAAUAGAAUUAACUUGGCUCCGUUUUCGCUGAGCCCCUCGACUGACCUUCGGACUGAGUAACGUUAAAGCUAUUUUUUGUUUUUUUUGAUAAUAGGGCUAACGAGCGCGACGCGAGGAAAGCGAGCGGCGAGCGGCACCGCGCUCCCCGCGCCCCCUCCCCGGCUCCCUCCUGCAGGAGGGCUCUAACUUUAGCACUGCAACGUUUGCACAGAUUUUUCUUUUUUUUUUUUUUUUUUUUCCUUUUUUCUUUCUCUUUUUUUGGUAACCAUAGAUUCCCCAACCGGACUCGUUCCCGCGUAGAGAGCAAGGUUGAGCGUUUUUCCAUGCAAAAAUAAAAAGAAAAAAAAAUUGUGAAUUGUACCGAUGAGUCAGAGCUUCACAACACUCCCUUUGGGUGUUUUUUUAUAUAUAUAUAUAUUAUUAUUAUUUUUCAGAAGGCAGCAAAACUAUGCAACUCCUUUCCGUUGGGAUGCUGCCCGCCGCCCUCGAGGGGCGGAGGAGGUGGAAGUGUCCUUAACCCCGGGCCUUACCCGAGGCGGCUGCGUCGCGGGGGCUCCGGCCGGAGCGCCCGAACCUCCGCGCUUCCCGGCCGGGGGGCGCCUCGCGGGGCUCGUUUCCCAUUUGGGGGGUUGUUUUAUUUUAUUUUGGAUUUUUUUGGGGAAACCCGGCCCCGCAAUCUUUGCACGAGCGGGACCGCGGUGCCGGCGCCCCUUCCCCAAAGCAGAUUUUUGCAGGCUCUUCCCUCGCCGGCGUUCGCUUUUGGUUUUUGUAUUGCGGUUAAUGGAGUUUGUAGCUUUUUCUAAAAUCAAAGCGGGGGGGUGGAAUUGAGCUCCAGGCAAAGAUAGGUUGAAAAUAUUUGAGAAAUAAGUUUUUUCUACCGCGCGCAGAGUUUCUCCUGCUAUCGCAAAUGUAGCCCGAGUCCGAAGCCCCCCGCCGAGUUGACCAGAGGGAGUCGCCUGGAUUUCUUCAGAACUGCUAAGGGCUUUUUUUCUUCAAAUCGUUUUUGUUUUCUUUAUGGUGAAACUGUUUUUCUUCCUCUUUAUUUUUUUCCUUUUUUCCCUAAGGGCCUAUUAACCACACCUCCUAUUUAUUGAAAGAUGAUGCUCGCUGUCUGCCUUUCCCUGCGCAUCUGAACCCCGCUGCCCCCCGGGUAUUUUCGGGGUCACUCUAGCGGGACCAGGCGUUGCCUUUGGUACCUGUUUUUUUUCUUUUUUUUUUUUAAAAAAGGGGGGGAUUGGGGGGCGCGAGGGCACCACGUCCCCCCGAGGAAGGGCGCCGGCGCUGCGGCCCUUCUCCCUGCGCGGGUUCCCGCGGGAAAGGGCAGCACCUCCGUUCCCGUGGUCUCCAAACAAGUGCACUUAACGGCAAAGCUAUUUUUUUUCUGUUUGUUUGUUUUACCCUUGGGAAAACUCCUCCCGGGAGGAUUUUAUUGGGGUUCCCGCGGCUCGGGGGGUUUCGACGCCCUUUCCAAGCUCGCCCGCGCGCUGCCCCGGCCUCUCCUUGGGAAGGCGCGCGGGGAGACUUGGCUUUUCGCGAGUCCUCUGCGAAGUGACCUGAAUAAAUUCUG